GAAAUAUCAUGCCUGAACCAGCGAAGUCUGCACCCAAGAAGGGCUCGAAGAAGGCCGUCACUAAAACCGCCGGCAAGGGCGGAAAGAAGCGCAGAAAGUCCAGGAAGGAGAGUUACGCGAUCUACGUGUACAAAGUCCUGAAGCAGGUUCACCCCGACACCGGGAUCUCCUCCAAGGCGAUGGGGAUCAUGAACUCUUUCGUCAACGACAUCUUCGAGCGCAUCGCCGGUGAAGCGUCUCGUCUCGCUCACUACAACAAGCGCUCCACCAUCACAUCGAGAGAGAUCCAGACCGCCGUGCGUCUGCUGCUGCCCGGAGAGCUGGCCAAACACGCCGUGUCUGAGGGCACAAAGGCCGUGACCAAAUACACCAGCUCAAAGUAAAGCGAGUCCGAUCAACAACACAAAGGCUCUUUUAAGAGCCACCCAUAUUAUCUGUGAAAAGAGCUACAGUUCUCUACACUAUUCUGGGUACAUUAGUUUUGGAAAUAAAUAAGUGAUCUUCCUGAUUUUAAUGUAAAUUAAAUUAAGCUGUUUAUUUUCUAAUUCAUUUUAAUAGGCUCAACUGUUAGAAUAAA